CCCAGAUAGAUCUAAAUUGAUGUAGAUAAAUAGAUGUACUUUAUUUUUGUAACACACAGUUUCAGAAGCAUCAUCGGGGAUUUUUCACUCAAACCGUUAAGUUUGAAUUUAAUGUUUAUCUAAAUUAAACUUGUACAUUUAAAAAAAAACAUAGGCAUUUUCUGAAUUUUUUUGAACGUUAUCACUCAGGCUUUGUUCCUUUGAUGAAUGUCACUGAAGGUCACCAAAGCAGCAGCCAUAUACCUUUGAAGUCUGUCCCUACAUAAGCGUCAGUUUUCAGUCAGUUUUCAGUCAGUUCUCUUCGGAAUACUUGGCUCGUUGCACCUGAACUCUGUUCUUGCUCCUGAACUCUGUUCUUGCUCCUGAACUCGUUUCUUUGGAUUUGCCUUUAAGAGAACUACGAUUGAUUUGAAUCAACAUGAUCCCAACACACGUGGGCUUUCUCGGCGCUGCCUCCUACGAGUCCGUCAGCUGCGUCACUGCAAACUUUCAAGCCUUCGUGACGGAUCUGAGUCACGAGGACUUGGACGUUGAGGAGAACCUGCAGGAAAUGGUGGAGCUCAUUUUCAAGAGGGCCGUGAAGAAACCAGACUCUGCUGCAGUCUUCGCGGAGCUGUGUCAACACCUCUCAGAAGUGGAGUUCCAAUCCUUGUCUGACUGGUCAGCCAGCGUCUCCUUCAGGUCUCUGCUGGUUAAACACUGCCAGGCAGAGUUCAUGAAGAACUUGGACAAGGAGGGCAUUCAUCAAGAGAGUUGGUCCUGCCUGAAGCCAGUCCAGGACGUGAGGGUCACCGACCGGCUGAGGGAAGAGCAACAGAACACCAAACCUUCCGGUCGCUUCCUCAAUAUGCUGAGGUUUAUUGGGGAGCUGUUCCUCUCCAAGGUGCUGGCAGAGAAAUCCAUGCACUGCUGCAUCAGGAGGCUGUUGCAGAAAGGAGACGGGCCGUCUCUUGAGGGCCUCUGUCAGCUCCUCCAGAUGAUCCAGCAGGACCUGGAGGUGGUGACGGAAAAGGAAUUGAUGGACACCUACUCAUAA